AUGACAACUUCUACGAUCGCUACAUUACAGGAUGAUGAUCGAAGCACUCGAAGCGCUCGAAGCAUUGAUCUUAUGCUAGGCGGAAGGCUAUUCCAUAUCAAUCGGGACGGCUCGAAGAUAUCCAGCUCUUCAGAUAACGACUUGCCUCCGUAUUCUCCUUCCCUCCCAACUUACGCGCAAUCCAGCAAUCAAACUGAUGCUAGUUUUCUCAACGGCGCGCAACCACCUGAACCGACUACCCCCACAGCACGUUCACCUUCCUCGCAACCUACCCCAGUACCAAAAAGCCGUAUACAUAUUCCCUUUUGGACGGACAGGUCCCGCCAUCGACGGCAACCAUCAGACAUAUCUCAGAGCGACGCCAAAUCAUCUCUUGGACGACUGAGCUCGAACUCGAUGUUUGACCUAUCAAACUUACCAAGUGCAAGCCUGUCCAACCGGGAUUCACAAACAAUGGAGGACCAUGCCGUUUAUCGCAGCCCAUCAUUUGUUCCGGGGCCGGAAACGAUAUCAGUCAUUCCUAAAGGGCGCUCCGCCUCGCAGGGCAACAUACCAGAGAGUGUACAUUCUCGCCAUGACAACGAAGACUCAUACCGUCGCCUUCGGCGCAGGAACGGCGUUCGACUUCCUAGACUCUUCACCAGUUUAACUAAUAUCAAAUUUAGCGGGCCGCCAGACGAAUCUCCUUCGCCCGGAGGCGAUAUCACACAAUCGGCAGGUCCCAGCUUUGCCACAUGCCAGAGAAAAUGCCCACAAUCACCAGUAAAUACGACACGUAGUUCAGGUGGAAAUCCCGCUCCUUCAUAUCCAACACACCUGUCGCCAGAUGACGGGUUCCAUCAACGGAGGCCAUCGCUCCCAAAUAUCCCAAUGCUCUCUCUAGCCGUCCCACAGAGUCCCGCAAGAAUAGAAGAGGGCCAUGUAGGCAUAGACCCCCCACCUCCAAUGGAAGAUGAAAAUGACGUUAGCAUCCACUACACCCGUCUGAUCCGCAGCAUUGACCGUGACCAUCGCAAGGCGCUCCAUGUGCGCGAUAGGGAGCUAGCUGGAAUGCGAGAGCGUCUAAACGAGAUCGAUCAGGUAUAUCGCCAGGAGCUGAAGUCGCGGGACUUCACCAUUGACGAUAUGCGGAAACGGCUCGAGAAUCUGCAGGAGCAGAUGAACAGCUAUAUCGAGCGGGCGAAGAAUGAAGUGGAGGAUAUGUGGGAAACUAGGUGGAAGGAUCGCGAUCGCCACCUUAUGGAGCGCAUGCGCAGGAUUGAGCUUGAGAGUCAGAUACAGGUGGAGAAGGCGGUUGCUGAACGCGAUAAGGAGUGGGUGGCUGAGUGGGAGAAGAGGAAUGAAGGGCUUCUGGAGAGGUUGAGGGCAAGUGAGGGUAGCGCUGCUGGUCAGCAUUCUUGA